CACGCGCGCGCAUCCUGUCUCCCACGAAGGCAUCUGUUUCAGUCUGUCUCUCCGCGAGAUGCAGCACCAACAGAGGGGAGAGGGGGAGACGACGAGCCCGGGGAGGGAGGGAGGCAGAAGAAAAAGAGGUGUGAGGAAGGAGGAGAGGCAGAGCUAAGAGAGAGAAGAAAGAACUGAAAUAAGAAAAGAAAAAGGAGUAAGCUGAGAAGAAGCGGGAGGACGACGAGAUGCGGCUGUAGCAGCAGAGCUUGUGACUUCUGAAGAGUUUCGCCUCGGAGAUGGUUGAGUCGUAUCAUCCUGGCGUUUGACUCUGAGCAUCUCCAGCGCGCGAGCGUGUGUUUGAAUGUGUGCAUGAAGCCAUGGCGAGUGCUCAGCCGGGGGUCCACGCACUGAAACUCCAGCCUCCCUGCGUCUCACACACCCUGAGGAACGGAAGCAACUUCAUUAAAUGGGAUGAGGAUUUGUCAACAGUUACUCCAGUGACUCUACAUGUGGAUCCUCAUGGAUUUUACCUCUUCUGGACUGACCAAAACAAGGACACAGAGUUGUUGGAUCUGACCUAUGUGAAGGAUGUCAGAACUGGUCGAAGCACCAAACCUCCCAAGGAAGCCAAGCUGCGGGAGCUGCUCGAUGUGGGAAACCUCGUUGGUCGGUUGGAGAACCGCAUGGUUACCGUGGUCACCGCCUCAGACCUGGUCAACGUUGGCCAACUGAACUUCAUCGCUUCGCAGGAGGACGAAGCCAAGUUAUGGUGUGAGGAGGUGUUUUCUUUGGCUACUAACCUGCUGAGCCACAAUCUCAACAGAGACCACAGUCUGCUGAAAGCGUAUGUCAGGCUAACUCUUCAGCCAAACGCAGAGGGAAAAAUUCCUGUGAAAAAUAUUGGCCGGCUGUUUUCGUCGGACAGAAAGAGAAUUGAGAAUGCCCUCGAGAGCUGCAAGUUGCCAUAUGGACGGGGCGACAGCAUCAAACUGGAGGACUUCACCUUGGAUGUUUACAGGAACUUCUUGGAGAGUCUGUGUCCUCGUCCUGAACUCGGCAACAUCUUCAAACUGCAAGGAGGCGAGGGUGGGGGGAUGUCCGUCGAUCAGAUGACUGAGUUCAUCAACAACAAGCAGAGAGACCCGAGGCUCAAUGAAAUUCUUUACCCCCCUCUUCGCCCCACACAGACACACACUCUGAUGGAGCGUUACCAACAUGACCAGGACAAUCUAAAUCAAGGUGUUAUCUCUCUCCAGGCUUUUUCCAGCUAUCUGUCCAGUGAUGAGAACGGUGUCAUUCCUCCUGAGAAACUGGAUCAGUCUGAAGACAUGAACUUUCCAUUAUCGCAGUAUUUCAUCAACUCAUCGCAUAAUACGUACCUUACAGCGGGCCAGCUGGCAGGAAGCUCUUCGGUGGAGAUGUACCGGCAGGUUUUGCUGGCUGGUUGUCGCUGUGUGGAACUAGACGUGUGGAAAGGGCGGACCGCUGAGGAGGAGCCGGUCAUAACUCAUGGCUUCACCAUGACCUCUGAAAUCUCCUUUAAGGAGGUGAUUGAAGCCAUUGCAGAAUGCGCCUUUAAGACUUCACCUUUUCCUGUCAUACUUUCAUUUGAAAACCACGUCGACUCCUUGAAGCAGCAGGCAAAAAUGGCCGAAUAUUGUCGCUCUAUUUUCGGAGAAGCAUUGCUGAUCGAUCCUCUGGACAAAUACCCUCUGGAGGCGGGCGUCCCUCUGCCCAGUCCUCAGGAGCUGAUGGGCAAAAUCCUCAUCAAAAACAAGAAAUCUCACAAACCCGCCAACACCACUGACACCAAGAGGCUAAUUGACCAGCCUGCCAAUCAGAGCAAUGAACCAGUGUCUCCUAGCAACAACACGGGAGACAUGGAGGCUGAGAGUGAGGAAGAUGAUGAUGAUGAAGAUGAUGAUGGUAAAAAGGGCUCUGCAGAGCGAGAAGCUGUUGCUACGGAGGAGAUGUCAACUCUGGUAAACUACGUCCAGCCGACCAAGUUCAACUCCUUUGAAGCAUCAAAGAAGGCAGCCCGCUGUUACCACAUGUCGUCUUUUGUGGAGACCAAAGCUUUGGAGCACCUCACAAAGUCACCAGUGGAGUUCGUGGAAUAUAAUAAAUCCCAGUUGAGUCGUAUUUACCCAAAAGGAACCAGAGUGGACUCGUCAAACUUUAUGCCUCAGCUGUUCUGGAAUGCUGGAUGCCAACUUGUGGCUCUCAACUACCAAACUAUUGAUCUGUCCAUGCAGCUGAACCUCUUCAUGUUUGAGUACAAUGGCCGCAGUGGCUACCGACUGAAACCAGAGUUCAUGAGGCGUCAUGACAAACACUUUGACCCUUUCACAGAAAACACAGUGGACGGCAUUGUAGCUAAUACUCUCUCUGUGAAGGUCAUCUCAGGCCAGUUUCUGACUGAACGGAGGGUGGGUGUUUAUGUGGAGGUGGAGAUGUUCGGACUCCCCGCAGACACUAGGAGGAAAGCUCUGAAGACUAAAACCUCCCAGAACAACAACGCUGUCAAUCCAGUGUGGGACGAAGAGCCCAUCAUCUUCAAGAAGGUUAUACUUCCGACUCUGGCCUCUCUGAGAAUUGCUGCGUUUGAGGAAGGAGGAAAGUUCAUCGGCCAUCGGAUUAUUCCAGUGUCUGCCAUCAGACCAGGCUAUCGCUACAUCGGCUUGAGGAAUGAGAAAAACCAGUCUCUGAUUUUGCCUGCUGUGUUUGUCUACAUUGAAGUCAAAGACUAUGUCCCAGAUACAUUUGCAGAUGUGAUCGAGGCUCUGUCCAACCCGAUCCGGUAUGUUAACCUCCUGGAGCAGAGAGCCAAACAGCUGGCAGCUCUGACCCUGGAGGACAGUGAGGAGGAGGCGCAGAUCGAGGAUGAGAUGGACACGGGAGCAGAGCGGAAGAACGACCUGAAACCGACUCCGCUGGAAAAUGGACUCAGUCCCACCUCAGGUCCAACGGGUCACACCCCCGUUGCUACGACACCAAAAGCCUCCGCAGCCCAUCAGCAAGCAGCUACAACUGAAGCAGCCAAACCAGCAGCAAAGACUGAAGAUCUAGUUUUAAGUGUUUUAAUAGAUAUCCCAGCAUGCACCUUGGAUGCCCUGCAGCAGUCCAAGGUCUACCAGAAGGAGCAGCGGCGUCAGUUCAAGGAGCUGAAGGAGCUGGUGAGGAGGCACCAGAAGAAGACCUCAGAGCUCCUCCGAGACUUCAGCAACAAGUACAAGAAGACGGCCAGGCAGUGCAGCAAGAGCAGGGCUUCAUGUCCGGAGAGUCAGAGAGACGAGCGUCUGCAGCAGCUCAGGGAUGAGCAGCAGCAGCUGCUGCUGGCUCUGAGGCAGGAGCAGUACUACAGCCAGAAGUACCUGCAGAGGGAGCACAUCAAGAUGCUUACAGAGCGGCUCACCAGUCUGGCUGAGGAGAGCCACAACUCCCACAUGAAGAAGCUCAAAGACAUCUGUGACAAGGAGAAGAAGGAGCUGAAGAGGCAGAUGGAUCGACGGAGAACCGAGAAGAUCAACCAGGCCAAGACCAAAGAGAAACAUCUGGCUGAGGAGGAGAAGAUCGAGAUCAACAAGUCCUACGUCAACGAGGUUGUGCAAAACAUCAAGCGGCUUGAGGAAACUCAAACUAAGCGUCAGGAUCAGCUGGUGGAGCAGCACAAUGACCUCCUGCAGGAGAUCCAAGAUCAGAAACCAAAGCUGCAGGCGGCAGUGGAGGCUGAGUUCCAGGAAAAGUUCCAGCGUCUGCCCGGCGAGAUCCGAGACUUCCUGCAGGACAGGAAGUUGGAGGGCAGAGGUCACAGCAAGUCCCGGCCGUCGACUCCCCACGAAGCUCUUUCAGAGGAGGACUGAGCAGGAAAAAUAUAGGAGGAUGCAGAGGAGUGAUACAGGAAAUGAAACUGUAGGAAACUGAGGCGCUUCACCGAGGAAGUAAAUAUUUAUAAAGACUGUUAAUUCUCUUUUUAAUGGAAAAAACAAUCUGAUGGGUUUUUUUAAUUAUUAGAAGCAUGAACUGUGAUGUACUUCAGCAUUUAAUCAAAUGUCAUUUGGUCUUAUGUUCUAACAUUCUGACAACUUACUGCAUGAUAUCUAUCUAUCUAUCUAUCUAUCUAUCUAUCUAUCUAUCUAUCUAUCUAUCUAUCUAUCUAUCUAUCUAUCUAUCUAUCUAUCUAUCUAUCUAUCUAUCUCAUGCAUCUUGCAUAUAGAACUGCUAUGACUUUCAUUACCACUUACUCUUUACAAUGAUUUUCUCUGUCCACAAUCUUAGUAAAUUUUUAUUUUUGGCACAAGCUGAAGCCAAGAUUCACACAACCAUUCUGAUUGGUUCGUUUCCCAACAGUUUAUAAGGACAGUUUUUAAAAUAUAAGCAAAAAAUUAGGCAGGUUUUCUUGCCUAUGCCUGAAAGAACCUGACGUUACUCAUCACCACUAAAUGCACACAUAGAAAACUUACCGGAACCACAACGUAUGUUUACAGAAUACGGAUUAUAUACUGCCAUCUUUUAGUGCCACAAAUUCAUAUCCUAUACAGAGUAUGAAUGAUUUUAACCCCAAAAGGCAUUUUCCACCAUAAAAACAGGAAGUAUCUCGUUUCCACUUACAAAUACGCAAAAAACUUUAUUAAUCUGAUAAUGUUGAAAAAAGACAAUUUUGCAAUUGUGGUGUUUUCACUACAUAAGAAACACAAUUAAAAUCACACAUAAAUAAAUCUGUUCAUGCGAUAAGUCAUUAAAAUACCACCCCGCCACGAUCAUCCUGCUACUUCCUGUCAUCUUCUUCUUCAUGGUUUCUGCCGGUAGUAACAUCAAGCUGUUGAUAACAUGACUCUGCUGAUGUGACAAAAGUGUUUCCAUUGCAGGUUUACAAGAUACACUGACAUAGAUACAGCUGAAAAACCACUUCAUCCUGGUACCAAAACUUAUUAGGAGUUUUCAGAUAUGUUUUGUAAAAUGACUAUUAAAUCAAUGAAAUUCAGAAUAUGCCAUGUUUUACUCCCUCAGAGCUCCUGCUACUCAACAAUCAGCAGGUCAGACGUUUGUGUCUUGGCAAUUGCAUGAUGUUUUUUUUUCUUUAAUGUGAAACCUCUCCAGACUCAACAGUCUGGUGAUAUGUGUACUUAUUAAAUGUUAUUUCAUGAUACUUGAUUAAGAA